AUGGAUGAAGCGCUCGCAAAUGAGCAUUUUACUGACGAGGAUCGACUUCGCUUUUCGCAAAGAAAAUUGGACUUUCUGGAAGAUUUGGGAACCGAUAUAGAAGUGCUCCAAAAACACCUGGAAUAUCACGAAACACUCCAGAAAAACAUUGAAAGCGUUGCGGUGGCGAACAAACGGAGCGCCGAGACUUUGGGCAUUGGGAUACCAAUGGAGAAGAAAAUGCGAGCAGAAACAACCUCCGUGACAUAUUCCACCCCGCAAUAUUAUGGAGUUGUUCCGAGCGUAGAUAAUGGCAAGUUUUAA